AUGUCCCAAGACUAUCAGAACAAAGGUAGUGGAUCAGGUAACCCAAUUAGCAUUAUAGAGGAAUCGCCAACGCGUGACAGUGACCAACUUAGUAGCUUGAAUAAAAAUAGUUUGAGCUCAUCUCGCAAUACUAACAACAGUCUAUCUCGUGAUAACGAACUAAGUGCUAAUCUAACUGUAAAUAAUAUUGAUCUUCAACAAUCUAUAGUCUCGAAUACUAUUGAUAUUGACCUUAGGAAUUCGAGCUUUAACGUUGUUGGAACACGCACACCUCAGGAACAAAAUCAAAUCCCAUUACAUGUUAGACAACAAGCCACUGAGGUGAAUACUAGUAAUAUCGACCUUAGUAACCUGAGUCAACAACUCAAUGACCCGAAUACUAAUGACAUUGACCUAGGGAAUAUUAAUGAGUCGCCUUCAAAGCAAAUACUAGUACCGAGUAAACAGAAAAAAGAUACUGGUACAUUAGUGAAUAGAACCUCGAAGCCCCUAAAAUCACAACUUGAAAAAGAAGAUAAUAAUACUGGAAAAGGCACUAUACCCUGCCCAUUUUUUAAGCGUCGAGAGUGGUGUGCAAAGGGAAGGCGUUGCGAUUUUAAACAUCCACGUGGUGAACAAUAA